UGUCAAACAGAAAAAAAAAACAAAAUGGUGAUCGAUGGAACGAUAGUUUAGUGAUUUUUUAACUAGUAAUCGAUUAAAUUGAUACAACAAAAACCGUUCAAAUUAGAAUAAUUUCAAACUACAAAAAUCCAACAUCAAAAUAUCCAACACACACAAAAAUGUAUCCCCGCAAAAAGAAAAAACAAGAUGAACUCGAAAUUUCCUACUCAAAAAUCCAUGUACCCAAAAUGAAAAGUGUCUUUUGGAAAUACUUUGGUUUUCCCGCCGAUGACAAUAACGAAAUUAUAACCAAAACCAAAGUUGUCUGCACUCUAUGCAAGUCACUUCUUAAAAAUCAUUACAACACCACAAAUAUUCGAGCUCACAUUCAAUCAAACCACAAAGCCAUAUUUUCCCAACUCAUUUCAACGCAUGGCAUAAACAUACCGCCAAGAAAGCCAAACCAAAACCUCAAAAGGUCAAUCAAAGGCUCCCCAAAAUCUAGAGGUGAGAGUAGUUCUCCACCACAACACCAUCGUUCGAAACAAGUAAAAGUCGAUUAUAGUGACUCGUCGCUCAUCGAAGAGGAAACAUUCAACAUACCGCUAACUUAUGAAGACACCGAAGACGAACCGACGAUAACAACAACCGAUGUAUCGAAUAUAUUCGAUGAGGCAAUUGUGAUUGAAGAUCAAACUGAUUUGCAUUUGCCAGUGAAGUCGUCACGUGAAGAACAAAAAGUUCUUGCUCCUCUCAAUAUUACUGUCGACAUAAAUCCAAUUCAAGUUAAUUAUAAUAUUGAAGAAGCUUUGACGAAAAUGAUUGUAACAGAUCUUCGAAAUGUUUCUUCAAUCUAUGAUUGUGGAAUGAAGGAGUUUGUGACGAGUUUCUUAAGCAAUCAGAUUCUGCCGACGUUGAGUAAGAUGGAGAAUACGAUUGAAAAUUUUUACAACAAAAAAUUUGAAAAAUUAAGAGAUCGCAUAAAAAUUCAUUCUCAAGUCAAAUCAUAUUCGUUGAGCUUUGAUGUAUGGACUAAUAUUGAAGGCAAACAAUUUGUUUCAAUACAUUACAAUCACAUUUCUGAGGAAUUUGAAGAUCAAUUCUGUGAUAAUUUGUAUGUUACCAUUGAACUUAAUAGUUAUUCAUCGUUCGAGACGAUUUUUGCAGGAUUCAAUUUACAAAAUUGUUCGGCAGCAAUAAUUAAUAGCAAUAAUGAAAUAAUUAAUACAUUUUUAUCGAGCAGUGACAUUCCUAUAGUUUAUUGUUUUGGAUACAUCAUUAACACGUGCAUUUCAAAUAUUUUCGCAAUAGCGGAAAUCAAUUCGAUUUUCAAUGAAGUAAUAGAUGUUAUGACUCGUUUUGCUUCUGAGAUAGCCUCUGUGGAUACCGAAGUACCAUCGGUUUGUGAAGAAUUCGCCAUAUCUAAACUUCAUGUCUUGAGGUUUUUUUGCGAAAGUGUAUCUUGGCCCGAAGAUAUGGACUUACUUCUAGCGAAAGCUAAACAAAUUGUUGAUAUAUUGUCCCCGCUUGAGAUAACAAUUGAUACAUUGCGGGAGGAAGAAAUACCUUUGAGUAGUUUGUUCUUGCCAUUUGCAGAAAAAAUUAUAGAAAAACAUUAUGUACAUAAUGAGUUUGAUGAUUCAUUAGUAAACGAGAUGAAAGAAACAGUUAUAGACCAAUUUAAAAGAAGUGUUUGUUUGAAUAAUCUGUUAACAGUAACGGCAGUUCUAGAUCCAAGGUUUCAUAAAUUUAUCUCAUUGAAAAGUAUGACAAGCUGUUUAAAGACUUUGGAGACAAAAUACCAACAAAUAGGAAAACAACAAAACAGUCCACAAAAGACUGAACAUCCCAAAGUUGAACCACAAAAAUCUUCAAGAAAAUCACAUUUAAAAAUGUUUUUUGUUGAUAACCUAGAGGAGACCCCAUCAAAGACUGUGCAGAAUGAAAAUUUCAUUGAAAUUGAUUUGCGAAGGUAUCGUGAUGAAGCAUUUGCCAGCCUAGAAGAAUCACCAAUCAAAUGGUGGAGUCAGUGGGGAAGUUCUUAUAAGAGUUUGCGGCAUUUAUCAGAUGCUUAUUGUUGUAUUUUGGGUUUUGUUAAUCUUAGCUUGAAAGAUCCGUUAAAAGACCAAAUAAAUAAUUAUAGAAGAAGGUUUAUUUUGACAGGAAAAUUAAUUAAUCAAAUUAUAUUUUUGAAUAAAAACCAAUAAAAAAAAUAAAAUUAAAAUCAAAUCGAAAUACAUAAUUGAACAAUC